AUGUCCACCGAGCCGUCCCCUCGUGCUGUGCGAUUCUCCAACGGUGACGACGAAUUGCUCCCAGACAAGAUCAUGCCCCAGCGUCCUGUCCCCGUCGCCGUCGACUCUGACAACUCUGCCUCAUCUGCCGACUCCCAUCCCGACGAUCCGCACGCCCUCGAGCGCCAGGAUGAGGUUGGUUCUCUUACCAGAUACUCCGAGGGGCAUGUCGGAUCCAUGUCAAACUUGGUUCAGGCUGCUGUAGCCAACGGCGGUACUACGCGAAGCCUACGAAGCAACGCCAGUGACAGCGAUGGCGCCUAUGCCAACGGCACCACUACGUCCAAGACCCAGCGACCUAGUGCUCCCGCAAGGACUCCCUCCAACACAUACGCUCCAGCUGCCCACCGUAGGCCUCAACCUCAACCCCCACCAUCUUUCGUCGAGACCGUUCGAGCGUCGUCCAGGGGCCGCCCUCGCCCCAGCGAGAGGUUCCGCCAGCAGGAGAGGGCAUACGUACAGAGGCUGCGUCAGGAUUACGGUGACGGAUAUCCCUUUGACGGCUAUUCGAACGGUAUGAGUCAAGGCGAUUCCGACUCGGAGGGGGAGACGCCGUCCUCCGAGGGCCCCUUUGACGACAGAUACGACCAGGAAACCAUCAUGUUUUACAACAACGACGACCUACAACCGUCUGACGAGGAUCUGAAGGAUCCCGCAAACCGGGAAAGACUAGAAUGGCACGGAAUGUUGGAAGCAGUUCUGACCGGAGAUGUCGUCAGGCAGGAAAAGAAAAGGCUGAUUGGGUCCAACGAGACAGCAGUGGGGAAGAGUGGGCAAAAAGCAGAGCUCUGGCUGGGCAUCCGGUCCAAGGUAUGCGGAAGACACCUUCCUGUGCAAAGGCGAAUGGUGGAGGAGGCACGCGCGACGUUGGACCGAACUCUGGACGAGAUCAUCAACUUCUCCGUCAAGGGUGAAAGUGAGGCUGGAAAACCGCCAUACGAACAGGUCAAGGAUGUGGUGAAGAAGAUCGAUAAAUGCGAGAGUCUGUACCCCUCUUGGACCUCCUUGGCCGCCGAGCAUCAGUCUGCCAACUCACCACUUUUCCACGAGGCGUCAGAAUCCAUCAUUUCCUGGUACAACACUAAUGAACUCAUCAACACGGAGCUCGCCAUUCUCAAGAAAUGGGUUGGCAAUGAUGAGCUGGACUUCACACGUACACGACAGCGAUCCCCCGUGGGCCACGGUAUCACAGAUGAAUCCUCGUUCCUGGAUCGGUUGAUGAAGGAAGAUGGCCUGAAAUCAUUAUAUGAUGAGGAGUUUGACAACGUGAAAAACAAAGAUGCCCACAAGGGCAUGUUGCCAGGCAUCUCUACCGUUAUUACAAAAUCCAAGGAAACCUUAAUUCGCAACUUUGCAGCCUUCCAGAAACGGCAUCUUCCCCCUUACAUCGAGGAGUUACUUACGCUCAUCAGCUUCCCGUCUCGACUGAUUGAGGAGAUCAUCAAAAUGCGACUCGCUUACGCCAAGAAGGUCAAGGAGUCUGCCCAGCAAAACUCUAUGAUGCAAGAUCAAAUGAUUGGGCAGUUUCAGCUUCUCCUGAAGCUGGCCAUCCGCAUUAAAAUGGAAUGUCUCGCCGUUACGCAACCGGAACCUGGCUGGGAACUUCCCCCCUGCAUCGACGAAUCCUUUGACCAGGUUGUCUUGGACGCUCUGAAGUACUAUUUCAAGAUGCUCAACUGGAAGCUUAGCGGCAACAAGAACACUUUCAAGGAGGCCGAAUUGUUGUUCCAGGAAUGGGACUUUGCCAACGAAAUCGGCAGCCACCUUCAGGGUGGAGACGUUGAAGUUGCCGAGCAAUUUAGUUCUUUGACGUUCAAGGCCAUCAAUCGUCUUAGCGUGACAUUCGAGAAGGAGCUUCAGGUGAAACCGAAAGAGAGUACUUCCGAAAUGAGCAAGAGAUACAAGCAAUGUCUGGACUCGGUUCGAGUAAGGCAGCGAAUGUUGCAGCGGUUCUCUAGGAUGUUGAGCGAAAAUUAUGAGAACGCGUCUGACUUCAGCAUUUCGUUUGCGCCCGAAAAAAUCCAGGAGUUUUAUGACAGACUCAUCACAUCGGGCCACUUUCAGGUUUUCACAGACCUCUAUGAGCAAGAGGGCAUUUACAUCAUGGCCUCUCCCUCAUUGGCUGAAAGGCACGAUGCGAUUCAGUCUAUCCUAGGCCUCAGCUCGCCAGAGCAGUUCGCAGAGGACCCCACUGACCCCUACCUCCUGAUCCUGCGUCCCGAAAGCACGCCGCACUGGUUCGGCGAUGUGGUACCGCUCUCAGUUCGAGAGCGAAACAUCGAUUUGAAGAAGGGCCACAUGAGACUCGUCGCUGCUGGUGCUCAAGCCAGGCUUCUCAAUGCGAGAAAGGCCUUUAUCGACGCAGUAGACAUGCACGUCGAUCUCGUGGUUGAGCAAAGAUCGAACCUACACAAAGUCAACUCGCGACUCAUGGAGAUUAGGCGCGUUGCCUACAAACUAUCCAACAACUUCAUGGACAGUGUUGAAAUCAUUCGAAAGCAGACCGAGGGUAGGGAGGUUCAGGAGCUAAUCCAAACCUGCUUUGUCUUCGCGACAGAAUUCGGUCAGCGAUCACUGCUCGUCAUGGAUAGCAACCGAAAACAGAUGAACAACCUGAAGUUAACCAAGCUCGCGUUGGACUGGGUCAGCUUCAUUUGCGACGACUGUAUCGCAUCGGAUCGAAAGACGUUCCGAUGGGCGGUCCUGGCUCUUGAAUUUGCCAUGGGAAUGACGCGAGGAAGGCACAUUCUAGCUUUAGGUGAGGAUGAAUAUGCCAGACUCCGGGCCAAGGUGGCCGGGUGCAUGGCCCUGCUCAUCUCACACUUUGAUAUCAUGGGUGCGAGAUCCAACUUGGCCGCCCAAGCAGAAAAGGAACGCAUCGAGGCUUUGGUGGGCCAGUUCAAGCGUCUUGACAAAAAUCGGAUGCUUGACGACCAAGAGGCCUCAAAGUACAUCACAGAACAGCGGCUGGAAGAGAUCGACAAGGUCGACGAGAUCAGGAAAGCAAAGGAAGCCGAAAGACAGGCACUUGGUCGCGUCCUCGAGGGAAACAACGAAGUGGACCGUUCCCUCGCUUACCUCUCAUCAUCUGCUACCAAUGUCACUAUGCGUUGGCAGCAGGGCCACUUCGUGGGUGGUGGCACUUUUGGCAAUGUCUACGCUGCCAUGAACCUCGACUCUGGUCACUUGAUGGCCGUGAAGGAGAUUCGUCUGCAGGAUCCAAAGUUGAUUCCGACCAUUGCCGAACAGAUCAAAGACGAGAUGGGCGUGUUGGAGGUGCUCGAUCAUCCCAACGUCGUCUCGUACUACGGUAUCGAGGUCCACCGAGACAGAGUUUAUAUCUUUAUGGAGUUCUGUCAAGGAGGGUCUCUUGCAAACUUGCUGGAGCAUGGCCGCAUUGAGGAUGAACAGGUCACCAUGGUUUACGCGUUGCAGCUGCUCGAAGGUCUUGCCUACCUUCAUGAAAGCGGCAUCGCCCAUCGCGACAUUAAACCAGAGAAUAUUCUUCUCGACCACAACGGUAUCAUCAAGUACGUCGACUUCGGUGCUGCCAAGGUUAUAGCCAGACAAGGCAAGACGCUUGUACAGGAUAUUACUGCCACAAAGCCCAACAAGUCCAUGACGGGCACACCAAUGUACAUGUCGCCCGAAGUAAUAAAGGGCGAGAAUCCAGGCAGAGCUGGCGCCGUGGACAUUUGGUCUCUGGGUUGCGUCAUUUUGGAGAUGGCGACAGGUCGUCGCCCGUGGGCCAACCUGGACAACGAGUGGGCCAUCAUGUACAACAUUGCGCAGGGCAACCCCCCUCAACUGCCAUCGACUGAUCAGCUCAGUCCCCAGGGUAUCGACUUCCUGAAGAGGUGUUUCACCAGGGAUCCCAAGAAGAGGGCGUCCGCCGUGGAGCUUCUCCAGCACGAAUGGAUCAUGACGAUCAAGAGCCAGGUCGUGGAGCCACCCACGCCGAGUGACACUAGUAGUUCGGCUCAGUCGACACCCAGCACCAGGAGCAACACCAACGACGGUUUCUAUUAG